GGCGCUGGCGGAGCCGGAGCGGCGAGAGCCAUGGACGACGAGGAGAUCGUGUCUGAGAAGCAGGCGGAGGAGAGCCACCGGCAGGACAGCGCCAACCUGCUCAUCUUCAUCCUGCUGCUCACCCUCACCAUUCUCACCAUCUGGCUCUUCAAGCACCGCCGGGCCCGCUUCCUGCACGAAACCGGCCUGGCUAUGAUUUAUGGUCUUUUAGUGGGCCUUGUGCUUCGAUAUGGCAUUCAUGUUCCAAGUGAUGUAAAUAAUGUGACCCUGAGCUGUGAAGUGCAGUCGAGCCCCACUACUUUAUUGGUGAAUGUCAGUGGAAAAUUUUAUGAAUAUACGCUGAAAGGAGAGAUUAGUUCACAUGAACUCAAUAAUGUUCAAGAUAAUGAAAUGCUUAGAAAGGUUACUUUUGAUCCAGAAGUGUUUUUCAACAUAUUACUUCCUCCUAUCAUAUUUUAUGCAGGAUAUAGUCUGAAAAGGAGACAUUUCUUUCGAAACCUUGGGUCUAUCCUAGCAUAUGCCUUCCUUGGAACAGCAAUUUCUUGUUUUGUAAUCGGGUCCAUAAUGUACGGCUGUGUGAUGUUGAUGAAAGUGACCAGUCAACUUGCAGGAGAUUUUUACUUCACAGAUUGCUUGCUUUUCGGUGCCAUUGUCUCAGCAACAGACCCAGUGACUGUACUUGCCAUAUUCCACGAGCUUCAAGUUGAUGUUGAACUCUAUGCUCUUCUUUUUGGUGAAAGUGUCCUCAAUGAUGCUGUUGCCAUAGUGCUGUCCUCUUCGAUCGUGGCAUACCAACCUGCCGGAGACAACAGCCACACCUUUGAUGUCACCGCCAUGUUCAAAUCUAUAGGUAUUUUCCUUGGGAUCUUCAGUGGAUCUUUUGCCAUGGGAGCUGCCACAGGCGUGGUGACAGCAUUAGUGACAAAGUUCACCAAAUUGCGUGAGUUCCAGCUGUUGGAGACAGGCUUGUUCUUCUUGAUGUCCUGGAGUACCUUCCUCCUGGCUGAGGCAUGGGGCUUCACAGGUGUCGUUGCAGUAUUGUUUUGUGGCAUCACACAGGCCCAUUACACAUAUAAUAAUUUGUCCACGGAGUCUCAGCAUAGAACUAAACAGUUGUUUGAGCUUCUCAAUUUCUUGGCAGAAAAUUUCAUCUUUUCCUACAUGGGGUUGACACUCUUCACCUUCCAGAACCAUGUCUUUAACCCAACAUUCGUCGUAGGAGCUUUUGUUGCUAUUUUCUUGGGAAGAGCUGCCAAUAUUUACCCCUUGUCCCUCUUACUCAAUUUGGGGAGAAGAAGUAAGAUUGGAUCAAAUUUUCAACAUAUGAUGAUGUUUGCUGGCCUGCGCGGCGCCAUGGCGUUCGCCUUGGCCAUUCGUGAUACUGCCACUUACGCAAGGCAGAUGAUGUUCAGUACCACACUGCUGAUUGUGUUUUUCACUGUGUGGGUAUUUGGUGGUGGCACCACUGCCAUGCUGUCGUGCUUGCAUAUAAGGGUUGGUGUUGAUUCAGACCAAGAACAGUUGGGUAUUCCUGAAAAUGAAAGAAGAACUACCAAAACAGAGAGUGCCUGGCUUUUCCGGAUAUGGUACAACUUUGAUCAUAACUACCUGAAGCCUCUGCUGACACACAGUGGGCCUCCACUCACAACAACACUCCCUGCCUGCUGUGGGCCCAUCGCCAGGUGCCUGACCAGCCCCCAGGCUUACGAGAACCAGGAACAACUGAAAGAUGAUGACUCGGAUCUUAUUCUCAAUGACGGCGAUAUUAGCUUGACUUAUGGGGACUCCACUGUGAAUACUGAGUCAGCAGUGUCCGGUGCCCCUAGGAGAUUUAUGGGAAACAGUUCUGAAGAUGCUUUGGAUCGGGAGCUGGCAUUUGGAGACCAUGAACUGGUCAUUCGGGGAACACGCCUGGUUCUUCCUAUGGAUGAUUCUGAACCCCCAUUAAAUUUGUUAGAUAAUACGAGACACAGUCCAGCCUAAGCUUCUUAAUACCCACUUAGUGAUUUGUAAAAUUUGCACAUGUGAUUGUGAAGAAAUACGUACUACCUAAAAAGCCCCAGUGCAUGUCUCUGAAUGUGUAAGCUAUAUAAAUGCUGUUUAUAUGGCAUCGAGGAAUAUAAAUAUCCUGUACAAGGCAGAUUGUGAACAAACUAUCCUUUUCUGUUUCCUUGGCUGCACUAUGUAGACUGGAUCUGUUUUUAGAAAGUUCUUUUCAUAGUGAUGUGUGUUUCUGUUAGCUUUCUGUCUCAGUUUAAGUAGAAAAAACUCACAGACUUACUCUUUCUUAUAUUUACCCGACACUUAACCAGAGUACCAAGUUCUUGUGAUGUGACUGAAUUUUUGUUUCGUGGGAGGAGAGGGAGGAGGAGGGAGCGUUACUUCUGGGAAGCCCAGGGAGGAGAGGCUCCUGUUGGCAAACUUGGAUUGACCGCUGCUGCCUUUGUCGUGACUCUUUUCUUUCCCUUUUCUCUGGUGGCCUGUUGUGGUGUGUUGGGAUCUUGGUCCAUUCAGGUUGGGGAGUGAAGUGCAGGGGUCCUUUUCCCCCAUUACCAUGAACGAAUAGAUUCCUCCAUCUGCUAUUCCAGAAGAGAAGAUCGCAGAAGAUGCCAAGACUAGAAGGAGUUGCAUCCUGCGAAGGUCGCCGCAGUACAGGUGUAUAUAAUUCAGGACACGACUCAUGUGUGGGGCUGGGGUGAAGGGCAGGAGGGGAGGCAAGAGAAUGGUGGUUCCAGAGAUCUCUCUUCCCAGCUAUGUAAAUAUUCUAGAGCAGAUAAGUUUAAAUAUGAAAUGUAAUUGCUGCUUACUUUUUGACUAUAUACUUUAUCUGUACAGCAAGCUUUGUGGUCAGAAGUUUUUAUAUCAAUUUAAAUCGCUGCUCUUUAGCAGCCAAACAGGAGCAAAAUGUAAAAUUUUUGAACUUACUGUGUCUAAUUGUCAUUUGUUAGUGUGUAGUUGAUGUAAACAUUAAUUUAUGAAUCGUGAUUGUUCCAUACUACACCAAAGUCAGCCAUGAGGGAGACACCACGCCCUGCAGAGCUUACUGUCCGGGCGGUGGCUUUUUAUGCGUCAGGUGUAGCUGUCUUCAUUUCUUCAUUUUCAUCAUGUUACCUUUUAAUAUCCGAUGCCUACGCUGCCGUGUCUUUUUUUUUUUCUUUUUACUUUACAGUUUUCAAGGAAGAAUACAUAAUGAUUUCCCAUUUCAUAUUCAGGGUAUGAAAGUGGAUUCUACUUUGUAAUGCUGAAAAUGCCUGACGGUGCAUUGACCGCUUGGAAGGGGGUACCUUUUGUUGUCGCUUCUGUUAAUAUUUCAGGAGAAAAAUAAAAACUUCUGUGAGUUUUUCCCCUUCAGGUCUGAGCUAGCAUUGCCUUAAAUCUUAUUCAAUCUGAGGGUUGUUGUGUUUAUGCGAUGUCCAAAUUUCCCGAUGAAAAAUCUUUCCUGACAAAACGUCCCUUUUCUCCCAAAGGUAUUUGUGUUGUUGCAAACACUCCUUGAGACUUAAAGGGAUUCUACUGUCGUACCCUUGAGUGGCAGCUCUAACUGUUGGCGUAGCCAUUUGUUACUUAGUGCUAGCAACUUUCCUGCCAUGCAGGAACCCCGUGAAGUCUGCAUUUUAUACGAUGUGUGCCUCUCCAUGCAGUCAGUCCUUCCUUGUCAACUUGUUGACACUUCAGCGCCAUUUACCCACAGUUAUUCAAGUUGUAAAAGGUUAUAUAAGAAAUUAACAACUACCUUUUUUAUUCUGUCAAAUUAUUGAGCUCACUUUAUGAAAAUGGCUGUAAAUAGCAUGACAAUAUUCAGUAACUUGUCUGUUUCAGCAUGCAUAAGACUUUUUCUUGGGCAAACUGAUAAAAGCUUGAGUCAACUAAAUCUGCCUUCACACUUUAUCAAAGGGGAACCAAGCCUGCUGUGCUUACAUCAGCAUCUGGAAGACUUUUCUCUCCUCUAAUCUGUAUACACAUCUCCAAGCCAAGAUAAAACUCUGCUCACACACCUAUUGGUUGAAACACCUGAAUGAACUUGGAUGAAGCAGUCUCAGUCGCCAUCCUGCGCAAGUAGAACUCCUCUCGGACUUGUUUUUCUGUUGUUCGUGGACCCCCACACAUUUGAAUGACUUGAACAUUACAUCUUUUAAGUUAUUUUUUAAGGUUCCUUGGCAUUUUAUCCUAGUUGUCUGUGUUUGGCAAUGUGCUGUUAAAGUAAGAUUUUUAAUCUUUAUGUAUUUUUUUUGUUUUCCGUUGGAGUACUUGGACAGAUGUUAUAGUGGUUUCUUUUAGGAAAAUCUAUCAUUAAAAAAAUUAUAGCCUUGCAAAUAACCACUCA